CAACCGCAUGGUCGGCAGUCCUAGUCAAUCAUUCGCUGUUAGCUCUGCCUAGUUCGUCGAGAUCAACAACACGUGUCUAGGCUGGCUACCCGAGUACUCGAUAUAAGGGCUUUAUUUCACGCUCAUAAUUCUGAUUCUUGAGACUGCUCUCCAAGAUCAUAAUUCGGGAUAGCCGUUUGGGAGCAUUACACUUCACAACAAUGCCUCUUCCCCAUUUUCACAGGCCCUCUCCAAGGCUGGACGAUUCGCCCGCGCCUUCAUCGGUAUCUCGAUUCUCCGUCAUGCAAAACAAUGUCCGCUCGAUCCUCAAUGGCAGCUCUGUUUACUCUAACUCGCCUCCCCCAUCAAACAACAACACACCGAAGCUCCCAUUGCUAGGCUUUCUUCGCAGGCCACAUAGCCCUCCCUCUCUACCUCUCGCAGACUCCGAGCUCCGACGCGACUCCACCUACUCACAGUCUCCUCUACGGCCCCAACACACCGCAGGCUCAUACAUACGUGCGAUUAACUCGGAGGAUGUCGUUAGAGGACCUGUCGCGCCGGAAAUGGUGCAUACACGGAACGAGUCACAUAGCUCAUAUGGCAGUGUAGACCCCGAGACGGAGCACCUUGCAGAGAUCGUGAACCACAGUCGGCGAAGGAGGAAGCGUAGGAGGAGGACGAGGGCAGUACCAGAGCGGAGAGCGUGGAUACGCAAGCGUGGCGAACGUGGUGUCUGCUUCCCAUUCGUGAAGAGCCCUGCGGCACGAACGAAGUGCACCGCGUGCUUGAUUUCAGGACUAUUCCUCAUCGUAGUGUUAACGAUAUACCUCUCCAUCGCUCUCACACGACCACACCUUGGGCAGGAAGUUCAUAUCCUGUUCAUCAUGGUUAUCCUCUGCACUACUAUUUUCUUCUGCCACUCGCUCAUUCGGCUUUGCAUGCUUGCAUUACGCCCGGAAUCCGACCUCCCACACAUCCCUAGCAUGACCGGUCCAGAUGGGUUCAAACCAAUCCGCCCAAUCCGUGUGCAUCUCGCCCGGGACGAAGAGAUUGGGGUUGGUAGUGAAGCGGCCGAGGUCGAGGCUGAGCCAGAGAAAGAAAAGGUCCAGAUGCCGCCACCUGCGUAUGGACUGUGGAGAUCUAGCGUGCGCGUCGACCCCAAUCUCCUCCACUGGCAGCGCGCCGACGCCGCCGAAGCCAGCGGCGCUCUUCCAGCUACCCGACCGCCCUCUGUCUUCCCAAGCUUUUCAUCUCACCCGAACUCGCGCUCCGGUUCUCUCUCCAACAUCCAUCAGCAGGCACCGGCGCCAGCGGACCGCGUUGAGGAGCCUGCGAGCCGUGAUCCGCGACCGCCAUCCUAUGUUUCUGACGACGGCGUCGCCUAUGUCGUUGCUGCAGUCCCGCGGAGCGUGGCGCCUAGCGUGACGGGGAUGAGCGAUGUGCAUCCGGCGUGGAGGCCGGGCUUUGCGGUGUAGUGUGGUGUGUUGUGGGUGUGUGCUCUUGUUCCUAAUACUCUUUUUCCUAUGCAUCGCUUCCUAUGUAUAGGUCUACCUAUGGUAUCUCCUGUGCGGCGUCUUGCGUCAGGGUCUGGCGUCGCGUUGACUGGAAGGGCAGUAUUGUGUGAGUAGUGGUGUAUUGUACCUAAGUAGUCGUAGGAAAAGUUAGAGAGGAGAGCAGAGUCGGGAAGAGUCUACCCUAGAGGUUAGAUCACAUUGAUACCGUUUAUUCCGUAAAUUUUCCGUGUUUUGUCCUUUGGUGGUGAUAGAGGCAGUGAU